AACAGCGAAAACACGUAAGAAAUCGAAGAUUGCAUUCUGCAUCUCCAAGUUCGCAAAAAAACCGAAGGGAUGGAUUCGAUCCGGUUUUUCUCGUAUACGCGCAACAUGUAGGAAACGGAACGUCCCAUUUGGAAACGAGUAACUCCAUCAGGUUUCAACGGCGCGGCGCUUGUACAAAACGGUUCUGUGUUUGUGUCUCCCCCAUUGAUCCCGUCAUCUGCUGGUAGCAUGUCAAUCAUCUUUUUCAAUCAACUACUGCUGCUGUGUCGAUGUGUUAUGGCUUCUCUCCAGUUCCAGUUAAUGUAGAUUUAGGAUUCCCCCACUGUUUACUAACUAGUAGAUACCGGAAGUGAUGUCGCACAAUAGCUACGAUGCGUUACCCUUCGAGAUUUGUUGCAUGAUCUUUGACUAUCUGGGCGUGGAAGAUUUGAAAAAUGCGUCGCUCACCUGUAGACGAUGGUGUCACAUAAUCUUCUCAGACAGCUACAUUCGACGGUUUAUGCUCAAGAUUAAUCUUCACCGAUCGGAUCAGUCGAAGAUGGUGAAGCCAGCUUCGGUUGGGUCACCGGUGAUGUCGGAUCGCACAAUCCGAGUAUCGAUUCCGACGAGUUCUUUUCCUUGCUCGUCGCUUUACCAGCGGUGUCGAUUGGUUAAAGGCAAGUCAAAGUGCGAACUACGACAUAUGUCCCUGGUAUUGAGGCGAUCCUGUCGCCACUACAGCAACAUUACGUUCGUAUGCGACAACCGUAGCGAGUUCACGGACAACGUGUUCAAUGUGAUCCUCAACUUGCUGAGACCCAGCGGACUGGAGCGGGUAGAAAUGCUCAAAAUAAUCCUAUCGUCAAAUUUGAACGUCCUGGUUACAAUCUUGAACAGUGCAAUCAGAAAUAUGAUUCGGCUGAAGAGUUUCCAUCUGAUCUACGAUCCGCAGCGGAGACUUCAGUGUGGCGAUCAGGUGAGACCUUGUGUAGUGAUCGAGAGUGCCACGGUAACUCACAUUGAACUGAAGUCGGUCAUCCCCGAGAAGAUUUACCUACCCAAGUUGAACUCGUUGGAUGUGAGUCUACAGCCAGGAAUUGCAGCCAUUAUCGAGAGCGUAGCUAGCAAUCUAACAACUUUGAGACUACAGCUCGAUUGCACCUCAGCGAAUUGUGGCGAAGAGGAGAUAUACGCUCUCACCUUGGAUCGUCUGAAGUAUCUCAAACUAACUCGAGGGUUCAUGAACGAGUUCAGCUUUCCAAUUCCGGUUAGCUCGAAUCGACCGGGAAUCAAAGUUCGAUUCUUCAAACACCUUACAAACCUUGAACGACUUAUACUGGAGGAGAAGUACACCGCAGAAAACAUCUUUCUGGCUAUCUGUGAAACAUCGCGCAACCUCGUCGAACUCCAGAUCGACCAUCUCAAGGUGGUCAACUGCACCGUCCUCGAUCGACUAUCGCUACUACAGCACCUUAAAACCCUUACACUACGUAAUAUUUAUUCCUCGCACGAAAUCUCCUUCCACUACGUUUAUCUACCGAAGCUCGAAAAUUUGCACCUGGAAAUAUUUAAGGACUCUUCGUACUCGUUUAGCAAGUUUGUCAAUCUGAAGCAGCUAACCAUCGGCUCGUACUCGUCCCAGGCCCCGGAGGUCAUCGACAUCAUCUCGAUGCACAUCCAGCAGCUGCGUGAACUGAAACUGUACUUCCUGGACUAUGCCGGCGUUCCGUCUAGAACAUUCCGGAAGCUGACCUAUCUCGGGCAGCUGAGGAAACUGGAGCUCAUCAAGGGUCAACUGAGGAAGGAUGUUUUCAGCCGAUGUCCGCCGGGGCUCAGUAAGCUCGAAGCGAUCGUGUUUAACUUUUGCCAGCUCGAUUCGGAACAGUUCGACGGGCUGCGGGACAAGUUCCCGCGGCUGCGGGAUGUCCGCUUCGAGGAUUGUCUGGUGCGCGGGCAGAUGCCCUAUUCCGAUGUGCGGCUGAACUACCGAUAGGAGUUUGUUCGUUGUGAUUUUUAACUAGGGGGUUACGAUUACUACUACUAUGAUACUGAUAGUUUUGGGAUGGGGAAUAUGGAA